UAUAUAAGAGAGUCUCUCCAUAAAUGAAGGAAUGAAGAGAAAAUAAUGUCACCCAUUCUUGUAGCCCUCUUUUCAGUUUUUCUGUCACUCAUUCCCCAUGUCAUACUGUCCUCUGAUCCGGACCCUAUUCAAGAUUUCUGCAUACCACACACCACAUCAAAUGUCACUCGAACAACAAGGUCUGAUAUGAUCCCAUGCAAAAACCUGGUAGAUGUUAUCCCCGAAGAUUUUAUCUUCUCAGGUAUAAAACAUCCUGGAAACUUUUCAGACACUGGACUAUCAGCAAUAUCCGUCAGUCCAAAAACUUUUCCAGGCCUCAACACCCAAGGCAUGUCUUUCGUGCGUGCAGAUCUCAAAGUUGAUGGUGUCAAUGUUCCACAUUUCCACCCCAGGGCAACUGAAAUAACGUAUGUCGUUCAAGGCAGAGUUUACUCAGGUUUUGUGGAUUCAACAAACCGUGUUUUUGCCAGGAUUAUUGAGAAAGGGGAGGUGAUGGUGUUUCCCAGGGGUUUAGUUCACUUUCAGAUGAAUGUUGGCAGGUCAACUGCAACAGUAUUUGGUAGCUUUAAUAGCCAAAAUCCAGGAAUGCAGAAGAUCCCCUCCAUCAUUUUCGGGUCAGGGAUUAAUGAUAAACUCUUAGAGAAGGCUUUUGGAUUGACUUCUAAGCAGAUCGGAAAGAUUAGAAAGAAAUUCCUACCUAAAACCUAAGUUAGCGAGGCCACUGUAAGAAAGUAUGGCGAAAUUUUCUUGGACGCUAUUUUGUUUAGUCUUUUCAAGUAUAUUAACCAGAUUCAUCACUCUGGUACCAAGAGUCCUCAUUUCAAGUGGGCUUAAGAAGUUAAGAACCAGUGAAGUAUCCAUUUCCUUUUGUAUCCGCAGUUUGAAUUGUCUGUAGCAUAACAACUAGAAUAUCUAAUUCUCCUUUCUGCAUAAGUAUUACUAUGUGAUGUCA